AUGUAUCUUCAUCUCUUCCCAAGCUCUCUUCUCUUCUCUGUGAUCAUAACCUUCGUCCUCAUUCCGACGUCUUCGUGCGCCGAUGAGCGAUACGCAAACUGCAGCGCAACGUUUGAGUGCGCAAACAUUCCGAGCAUCGCAUACCCUUUCUGGGGCGGCAACCGCCCCGAGUACUGCGGCCACCCUAGGUUCGAGCUGGCCUGCGACGGUGAUUUGCCGGAGAUCAAAAUAGCGACCCAGUACUACCGAGUCCUUAAUAUUGAUAAUACAACGCACACACUUACCGUCGCCCGAUCGGAUUAUUGGAACAACUAUUGCCCGGCGAGCUUGGCCAACACUUCCCUCGACUUCGCAAUCGUCAACUACGCUCCGUAUAAUCAGAACCUCACUCUCUACUACGGUUGCAAUUCUGUACUGCCUAGUGAGAUUUCGGUAUUCUUUAAUGCUUCGAGUCAGUUUAGCUGUGCCAUAAACAAUAGGAACCUCACCGGCUACUUGCCAUUAAAUGUCCCUGGCGCAACAGCGUCCGCCACAUCUUCGAUUUUGAAAUAUCUCAGCGACUGUGAUUACAGCGUCCUGGUACCGGCCUUACAGUCAGCGGCUGAGAAGUUAGAGACGAGCUUAACUCCGCUAACAAGCCUGGUUUCGGCGUUGAGGGGUGGAUUUGGGGUGCAGUGGGAUGCAAAUAACAGGGGGUGCGAUGAAUGCAAGGCGUCAGGCGGAGCGUGCGGGUACGAUUCCGGCGACUUCGCGUGCUAUUGCAGGAAUGGGACGCUUCCGACUACUUGCGGUGAGGCAGGUCAUCGACGAAAAAUUUUUAUAGGUAAAACACUGAUCAACACUUGAUAUAUAUUUCUAUAUAUUUGUUCAUAUAUAUCCAUUACAUCGACUUGUACGAAGUAAAGUUGAAGCUAACGUUGCUCCCGC